AUCCCAAGGUUUUGCCAGCACCCAAGAGUUUGUUUCGACAUCUAGUCCCCUCUACUUGAUGUUGACUUCAAUAAUUACUGGCUCACAGAAAACCACCACCCAAGGACAGAACACACGCUCUGCUUUAACCUCACAAUCCAGAACCACAUCAAAUAAUGCAGGACUCGCCACAACAACUUCUAAACCUUCAGUAACCCUUAGUGCACCAACACAAAUUCCCCUCACAUCAACUUCCACAUCAAACACUAUUACGCCCGCUAAUCAAGCUCUGACUAGUUCAGCUGUUAAUAACACAACUACUGUGUCAAAUGCUAGUGGAUUAAAUAUGUUACCUCCAACUCCAGCCUCACUUAUGUCUUACAUAACUACUCAAACUACACAGAGCACUUCAAUAUCUGCCCAGACACUUUCAAGCAAUCAUGCUAGCCAUCCAAUUGGUACUUUUGAAACAACAGUCAAUCAUACGACAGCAAGCUCUUCUGCUGCACCAACUGUCGUGGCUCAAGUAGCAAAUCAGACAGCGGUUCUACGAACAAUGACGUCCGAUGCAUUAUUCACAGAGCCAUUUGCAGCCCAGUGUGACUUUUCCCAGUACUGCGCUAAUGAAUCAUCAUACUACUGGAUGCUUGUGGAGGUGAAUGGCUCUAAUAUGACAGAGGGAGAGAUUCAGAUUUGGUUUUUAGAUCUUUUUAAUAAAAGCACCUGUUCUGCUGGAGUUUCAACAACAGGAAUCAAUACAACAUCAUGCAAAACUCACAUAGUCUUUGUGACUGCCGAGGUUAGAUGUGUAGCCAAGCAGAACAUCCAAAGGACAAACUGCACUGUGCUGCUACAGCUGAGCCAACCUGUGAAUAUGUGCAUCCUCCGAAGGCUGGUGCAAAACGGGACUGUAAACCCAUCAAUCAAGAUCCAGCUUCUGGGAGAUGUAGAAAGAGUGGGUAAAGGCUUGUGCCCAGAGCACAAUAAUUCGCCCCCAGGAGAUGGUUUAGUGCACUGCACAUCUCUAAUGUCUUAUGAUGAUUUCUGCAAGACCCAGGGGACUGUCAAUGUCAUAUGUUCUUAUAAGGAAAAUGGCUUUGUUCCUAAAGACUUGGUUGCUAAUCAGUCCUGCAACGUCGAGAACCAGCAACAUUGUGAGUGUCACGUGUUUACCAACAACGAGACAUAUUAUGCUGUUCGUCUAAAUAUCAAAAACCCAGAUGUGAAUUUCCUCUACAUUCAGAACAUGGUUAUACAGUUGAGCACUCCCUGCAGCGACUCCGGAAUGCAAGGGUCUCUGUGCAAUUCUUUUACUAAAGUAUCCCAGUUGUAUCAGGGAAUGCACUUGGAAUGUUUUGGUGAAGGAACAAGGCUCUACACUUGUAUGUUAACUCUGCAGCUGUCAAAACAGCUGGAUGCGUGUACUGUUAGUACUGCUAUUGCUGUUCUUUGGAAGGACAGUACCAACAUUAGUUUUGAUGGACCUCUCAGUCGAAUAGCCAUUUGUCAUUUGCCCACUGAUUCGGAAACCAUUCCUUUGAACUCAACUUUUACUUGGAUGUCUGUAAAUUUAAAUUCCAGCCACAUUGAUGAAAUCAAAGACAGUUUGAAAUGUGUACAGGGUCAGACAUUUGCUGUUAUCUUAAAUGAGAGCUGUAAAGUCUCAUCUUCUGAGUCCUACCCAUCUCAAGCUGUCCAUCCUAGAACAAGCUCUGAGAGCAGUGCUACAUUCCCAAACAUCACUUCUUUGUCAGUAACUACAGAUCGGACACUGACCAACCAAACACUCACUGCAGUCACACCAUCUAUCACAAACACUUCUAAUACACCACUUAAUACAACAGUCCUAACAUCCAAUACAUCCAUCAGCAGUACAGUCACUCAAACAAAUACUGUUGCACAUUAUACAGCAAGCCUGCCACUCAAUUCAACACUCAGUAUAGGAUCGGAAGUCAUUAUAACAAGUGCACCAAAUGAAAUAACCACCUCAAUGGUCAGUACAACACAUACAACAACUGAUGAAACAUCUCAGCCAGUUAAUACAGCAGUUACAACACACAGUAUAACAACCUCACCUGUCAGAACAACAGGUACAUCAAAUAAUAUACCAGCAUCAAUGGCCAGUACAAGUACACAUGAUAUAAAAACCCCAUCAGUCAGUGCAAUGGGUAUAGCAUCCAAUAUAACAACCUCAUCAGUCAAAACAGAAACAACACUCAAUAUAACCACCUCACCGGUCCAAACAACAGGUACACUACACAAUAUAACAUCAUUACUGGUCAGUACAACAAAUAUGUCACACGAUAUAACCCCAACAGCCAGUGAAAAAGGUAUACCAUACAAUAUAACAACCUCACCAUUCAAAAUAACAGAAACAACACUCAAUAUAACCACCUCACCGGUCCAUACAACAGGCACCUCACAAAAUAUAACAGCCUCAACGGUCAGUGCAGCACUCGAUGUAACAACUCAAACGGUAAACACAGCAGAUCCAACAGACAGUAUAACAACCUCAACAGUCAGUACAACACUCAGUGUAACAACUCAAUUGGUCAAUACUGCAGAUACAACAGACAAUAUAGCAACCUCACCUGUCAGUACGACACAUACAACACUCAAUGUAACAUCUCAACCAGUCGAUACAGCAAAUACAACAGACAAUAUAAUAACCCCACCUGUCAGUAAAACAGCUAUAUUAAACAAUAUAACAACCUUACCAGUCAAAACAACAGAAACAACACUAAAUUUAGCAACCUCACCAAUCAGUACAACAGGUACAUCAAACAAUAUAACAUCACCAGUCAGUACAACAUAUGUGUCACCUAAUAUAAUAACCACACCAGUCAAAACAACAGAAACAACACUCAAUUUAACAACCUCACCAAUCAGUACAACAGGUACAUCAAACAAUAUAACAUCACCAGUCAGUACAACAUAUGUGUCACCUAAUAUAAUAACCACGCCAGUCCACGCAACAGGUACACUGUACAAUAUAGCAACCUCACCGGUCAAAACAACAGAAGCAAAACUAAAUUUAACAACCUCACCAGUCAGUACAAAAAAUGUGUCACCUGAUAUAAUAACCACACCAGUCAAAACAACAGAAGAAACACUAAAUUUAACAACCUCUCCAAUCAGUACAACAGGUACAUCAAACAAUAUAACAUCACCAGUCAGUACAACAUAUGUGUCACCUAAUAUAAUAACCACGCCAGUCCACGCAACAGGUACACCGUACAAUAUAACAACCACACCAGUCAAAACAACAGAAACAACACUAAAUUUAGCAACCUCACCAAUCAGUACAACAGUUACAUCAAACAAUAUAACAUCACCAGUCAGUACAACAUAUGUGUCACCUAAUAUAAUAACCACGCCAGUCCACGCAACAGGUACACUGUACAAUAUAACAACCACACCAGUCAAAACAACAGAAACAACACUAAAUUUAGCAACCUCACCAAUCAGUACAACUGGUACAUCAAACAAUAUAACAUCACCAGUCAGUACAACAUAUGUGUCACCUAAUAUAAUAAACACGCCAGUCCACGCAACAGGUACACCUCAGCACAACAGGUACACCGUUCAAUAUAACAACCUCACCAGUCAAAACAACAGAAACAACACUCAGUUUAACAACCUCACUGAUCCAUACAACAGAUAA